GCGAAGCGACACACAAUCACAAGCCGGCCGCACGCCGCAACACCGCAACUGUUCAAAAUGAGAGCGAUACUGGCGACGUUGGCCGUCCUGGCGGUCGUAACGACUGCAAUUGAAGCGGACAGCAAAGCGCGCAUAGUAUGCUACUUCAGCAACUGGGCGGUGUAUCGACCUGGUGUGGGUCGCUACGGCAUUGAAGAUAUCCCCGUGGAUCUCUGUACUCAUAUUAUCUACUCUUUCAUUGGAGUCACCGAGAAGUCCAAUGAAGUCCUCAUUAUUGAUCCUGAGUUGGAUGUAGACAAGAAUGGCUUCAAAAACUUCACAGCUCUCCGCAAAUCUCAUCCUGAUGUCAAGUUCACGGUGGCUGUGGGUGGCUGGGCCGAGGGAGGAUCAAAAUACUCCCACAUGGUCGCACAGAAACAAACACGAAUGGCCUUCGUUAGGAGCGUUGUUGAUUUCCUGAAGAAAUACGACUUCGAUGGUUUGGAUCUGGACUGGGAGUACCCCGGUGCUGCUGACCGUGGUGGUUCCUUCUCUGACAAGGAUCGGUUCCUCUUCCUCGUCCAGGAGCUUAGGAGAGCAUUCAUCAGAGAAAAGAGAGGCUGGGAAUUAACUGCUGCUGUGCCACUCGCCAACUUCAGACUGAUGGAAGGUUACCACGUACCCGAUCUUUGCCAGGAGCUGGAUGCUAUACAUGUGAUGUCUUACGAUCUGAGAGGAAACUGGGCUGGAUUUGCUGACGUGCAUUCACCAUUGUUCAAACGCCCUCAUGACCAAUGGGCUUAUGAGAAACUUAAUGUUAACGAUGGUCUAGCUCUCUGGGAGGAGAAGGGCUGUCCUAGCAAUAAGCUGGUUGUCGGUAUUCCAUUCUACGGCCGUUCGUUCACUCUGUCGGCUGGUAACAACAACUACGGCCUUGGUACUUAUAUUAACAAGGAGGCUGGAGGCGGUGACCCUGCUCCUUACACCAACGCUACUGGAUUCUGGGCUUACUAUGAGAUCUGUACCGAAGUUGACAAAGAAGGUUCAGGAUGGACCAAGAAAUGGGACGAGCAUGGCAAGUGCCCCUACGCUUACAAAGGAACCCAAUGGGUCGGUUACGAGGACCCUCGUAGUGUCGAGAUCAAAAUGAACUGGAUCAAGGAGAAGGGAUACCUCGGUGCCAUGACCUGGGCUAUCGACAUGGACGACUUCAAAGGUCUCUGUGGCGAUGAAAACCCUCUGAUCAAGCUUUUGCACAAACAUAUGAGCACUUACACUGUUCCACCUCCUCGCUCUGGGAAUACCACUCCUACGCCUGAAUGGGCGCGCCCGCCGUCAACGACGUCCGACCCGUCCGAGGGAGAGCCGAUCGUGACGACUGCAAGGCCGUCCACUACCACUAAGACCAGCAGGCCCACGAAGAAGCCGACCACAACCAAGCCUCAAGUCAUUAUCGAAGAUGAUGAAAAUGAUAUUGCCGUGAGACCUGAACCACCAAAAGCUCCCGAGGCACCAGUAGCUCCGGAAGCCCCGGAAGUACCGGAAUCACCUGCUGAGAAUGAAAUCGACGACCACGAUGUCUGCAACUCUGAAGAAGAUUACGUCCCUGAUAAGAAGAAAUGCAACAUGUACUGGCGCUGCGUCAACGGUAAAGGAAUGCAGUUCACUUGCCAACCAGGAACAAUGUUCAACACCAAACUAAACGUUUGCGACUGGCCCGACAACGCUGACCGUCAAGACUGUGAGCCCUAGACAAAUCGUGCGUGAAUAGGGCGCUUUACUGGUCAUUGCAAAGAUACCGUUUGAUCGAAAUCGCAUUCUCCUUGCAAGACAGCUGAUUAAUUGUGGCGGGGCUGUGGCUUGCAAACUGAUUGACACUGGUGAAUGGGAAUGCAUGUAGAACUAAGACGGCCGUCUUACAGAAGCAAUUAGCAAAUGAUCAUUCACACCCCAUACAACUACGCUGCAAAUUAUUCCUUAACGUCUGUAAAUUCAACGUCUGUUUUCCAACACCAAAUUUUGUUAGCUUCAUAAAGCUACCAUUAUUUACCCUAUUAACUCGGUACUAUAAAAAUAUUAGUCAUCUGUAUGGGAACACAAAAGGCCGCUAAUAAACCUUUGUGUGGUCAGCCUGUUGGGUGGAUUUUGAUAAAAUGGUAUCUUUCCUUUACGCAAUGAAUCAUAAUAAUGGUCGUAUUUACGAAGUUUUAGGUUACUGAACAAUAUUGUCGUAUUUUGUUAUGAAGCAACAUAAUACGCCAAUGUUUUCUUGUCUUUAGUUUGUAAGUGGAUAGGAUUAUUGUGAUGUUAGGCUAGACAUUUACGGUUAUAAAUAAUGUGUUUGAUUUAUAGAUGCGCGUUUAAUUGGAUACAUUCAAAAAACUAUCAAUUAAACGGUAAUCUAUCAAAAAGAACAAUAAAAAUGAGAUUAUUAAGCGUAACAUUGCCUAAAAUCGUGUACAAGACUGUAUCGCAUCGAUUAGAUUAAUAUAAUCUAUGUUUAAUAAAAUAAGCAACGAUUUAAGUUCAUUAAUAUAAAUAAGUCUAUAAAUGUCUCUGUAUUUUAACACAAACAGAACCAGGAAUAGUUUGAAUAAGUCGCGAAACAUGGAUACUUUUAUUUGUUCACUUUAGUUUGUUAAGAACUUGCAGUUUGCGUCGAUAACUCCAUUCAACAGUCAUAAAGUUAUGGCGGGAAAUUGUGUUUAUUUUAUAAAUUUUGUUUCGACGCGGAAGCCAAUUAGACUUCUCCCGGCUUUGGGGAUUUAAAUGAAUUUCCCAAGCACUUGUCGCGGCUGGUCGCUGGCUUAACCAACCUUAUCUUAAUUUAUUUAUUUUAAUAAUUUUAAGACAAUAAAUUAUGAUAAAAAUUU